UCCCUCAAAUCGCGAGCGCCCAGUGCAGCACAGUGUGCACGCGACGUGCCCCAGUGCAUGACGCUGGACCAAUCAGAGCGCACAAUUCCGAAAGUUUACCUUUUAUGGCUAGAGCCGGGCAACUGACGCUGUAUAAAAAACAAGCGCCCACAGCUAACGGAUUCACUCUGAGCGCCGUCACACGCAGCUUGUGCGGGAUAUCAUUUGCCUGAAACCGGUUCCCUUAAAGCGAAAAGCCCCCCACCCAAAGGUAAGAGACCCAAACAUUUAAAGCAGACUUCCAGUUUUGAUGUAAUGUUCAUCAAUAUAACAAAGAGUAGAUGUGUUUUUGAGGACGUUUUUUUUGUCAAGUGUCAUUUUGAAUGCGAGACAUGGCAGUGACCACGAGGUUCUUUGUCCUGUCAAACACCAACGCUUUUGCUAAAAUUGUUUAAUUUAUUUCAUAAAUUCUAGUUGAGAAAGCCGCGUCUCUUUUUUGUGAGGUAUGACUGUACAGGAAAUAGUCUGGCGACGGCGUAACUUCCGACUGACAGGUGCUUUUUGCUUUAUCGUUAUCCGAUUUAUGAUGAAUAUCAUGAAGCAGCAGACUGGCUUAAUCUUGGCUUUUCAUUGUUGGAAACGUUAAAUGUGAAGGUGUAAUGUGUUGGCUUACAGGUCUUCCUAACAGUGUAGGUUGAAAGAAGCUUUGAGUGGAGGUCGUCUGGAUACCGGCUGCUCUCUUUGUGCGCCCGAUGCGGCGGGGUGUGACCUACUUUUUACACACUAGCCUAGCCACACCAUGCUAACUCUGCCAUCGAGACUUGCAACAGUUGCAGAUUUAAUCGAGAACAUUCUCCUCCCCAACAUAUUUAGACAAUUCAACUUUUGAAAAGAACUUUAAAGAAAAACUGAAUAUCUCAUAGUUAAGUAUCUGAGUAAGAAAACGCUAAGAAUACACGACUUUAAGGAAAAGGUUGAAGGGAGUAACGGUUUAAUUUUUUACACCUGUUCUGCUUUAAUGCGGUCUGUCCAUUUUUGCAUAAGAGGGAAAGGGGAAAUAGCGAGUGUCCGUUCAUCCUGUGCUGGAAAAGGCGUGGCCUUCAGGAAAUGGAGCAUCAGUGAGGAACUUGCGACCCAUUCAUGAGUCAACAUAAUUCAUUAUGCAUCUGUUUUUACGCAGUUUACUUAUCUUUAGAGGUAAAGCGUAGAAUUCUUAAAAAAAUAUUGAACUUUAUGGAAAUAGUGGUGUGGUAGGUGGGCUGUGUUCAUUGAAUGAGGCGUUUUAAAGGCAGAUAAUGACGCAGUGGUAUUAAAGCAGCGCUCUUUGCUGGGUUUAAAUUUGUGUUAAAGUGAAAUAAAGAGGAAGCAGGUUGAGUCGACUGUAGUGGGGUAGAGGGAGUGCUCGCGCGCCGCCGUGUCCGUUAGUGUCGAAUGUUCCUUCUCCUUAAUGUGCUGUGUCGCUCUGGCCGCGCGCCAUGGCGCCGGUAGUCUCAAAGCUGCUCAAAACCGAACCAUGUCCUUAUAUGGUAAUAACAGAAUGCAGCGCCACUUCCUUUUGUCUGGUUUGGUCGGAAUGCGGGGCGCGAGCUCCACCCAGUGGCUGCUCUUGUGAAGUGAAAGCUAAUGAAGUGCAGCUCAAAGUGUCAUGGCGGCCGGUGUUUGAGGAUGCGGAUGUGGGAGACUUGAGGGUGUAACAUACUUUCCUUUUUUUCUCCUUUUCAACAGUUCAGCCAUGGAAGAUGAAAUCGCCGCACUGGUUGUUGACAACGGAUCCGGUAUGUGCAAAGCCGGAUUCGCCGGAGACGACGCCCCACGUGCUGUCUUCCCCUCCAUCGUCGGUCGCCCCAGGCAUCAGGUGGGUGAAUGACCCCAAACACCUGACUCCAACAAGAGAAGCUUAUUAGAUAGACUUAUUGAAAAAGACAAAAUAUCACAAAAUUAUCACUUUUAGCGACUGUCAAGUUAAACUUUCAAAGGCCCUUAAAAAAGAUGUUACCUGGAUUUAUUUUGUUUUAGUUUUUAAUAUUGGCUCCCUAUACAAGCCUUUCAAAAUAAAAUUAUUAAAUUGAAAGACAUGCAUUUUAGCAAACUUUAGAGCUAACAGUCAGUUACAAGAAGGCUUCUGAUAUUGAGUUAGUAGUAGUUUAGGGCUAGUUAUAUAACAUGCAAAUAGUAGUGGUGCCUCUGUUGUAGCUCACAAAAACAAUCAAGACCAACAGCAACAAGAUUGACUUUAUCUGUACUACAAUUAUGCUUGUAACCAGUGUGAGGGUGUAGGUGCCAGACUAGGUUUACACCAUAUUCUUCACAGCAAUAGUAAUGGAAGCAAAACACACACAAAGGCAGUGUUUGUAAUUUGGCAUUACAAUUACCCAAAGGUACAAAUGUGCAGUGGUUUUCUUAUAAGAUUGUGUCAGCUCAUAUAUAGGUACCCGUGAGUACAGGUUCAGUGUCUUAACAGACUGUGUGAUCUACCUUUUCAGGGAGUGAUGGUGGGUAUGGGCCAGAAGGACAGCUACGUUGGUGAUGAAGCCCAGAGUAAGAGAGGUAUCCUGACCCUGAAGUACCCCAUCGAGCACGGUAUUGUGACCAACUGGGACGACAUGGAGAAGAUCUGGCAUCACACCUUCUACAAUGAGUUGAGAGUCGCCCCUGAGGAGCACCCCGUCCUGCUCACAGAGGCUCCCCUCAACCCCAAAGCCAACAGGGAGAAGAUGACCCAGGUAUACAUCCUUACUGAGCACAUGUAGAGUUUUUUUAAAUCCAGCUCAGCCUUGUAGUACAUCUGAGUAUUUACUGUUCAAACCCUAGGUACCUCAUUUCCUCCUAAGCAUCUCUCAUUCCAUUCUCACCUGCUCCUUCCUCCCCCUCUCCCCCAGGACCUCUCUCCUAUCAGAUGAUCUAUCAUCAACAGGUCUCUCUGACUGUGUGCCUUAUCUGCACUUGUGUCUGUUUAAACAGAGUCACUAUAUCAGUUUCUAAUAGUUACCUGACAUGCACAGGUGUGAAAGGAUGUUGACUUUCUGCACUUUUUUUCUACUAACUUGAACGUUAGCCUCACUCUGAUGCAUGUAGUGAGUGCAGUGUGCACACAUGCUGAAAAUGCUCUGCAGUGAUGAAAAAGCUCAACUCUUCUCUCCUCUCCUCUUUCUCCAGAUCAUGUUCGAGACCUUCAACACCCCCGCCAUGUACGUUGCCAUCCAGGCCGUGCUGUCCCUGUAUGCCUCUGGUCGUACCACUGGUAUCGUCAUGGACUCCGGUGAUGGUGUGACCCACACAGUGCCCAUCUAUGAGGGCUACGCCCUGCCCCACGCCAUCCUGCGUCUGGACUUGGCCGGCCGCGACCUCACAGACUACCUCAUGAAGAUCCUGACAGAGCGUGGCUACUCCUUCACCACCACAGCUGAGAGGGAAAUCGUGCGUGACAUCAAGGAGAAGCUGUGCUAUGUUGCCCUGGACUUCGAGCAGGAGAUGGGCACUGCUGCCUCCUCCUCCUCCCUGGAGAAGAGCUAUGAGCUGCCCGACGGACAGGUCAUCACCAUUGGCAAUGAGAGGUUCCGUUGCCCAGAGGCCCUCUUCCAGCCUUCCUUCCUCGGUAUGCUAAACUCUGCGCACACACUACACAUACUGAACUGCACUUAACUUCUCAAGGACACUCCAGACUCCAGUGUUCUGACCAGUUUCAUGUUUCUGCUCACAGGUAUGGAGUCCUGUGGAAUCCACGAGACCACCUACAACAGCAUCAUGAAGUGUGAUGUCGACAUCCGUAAGGACCUGUACGCCAACACUGUGCUGUCAGGAGGUACCACCAUGUACCCCGGCAUCGCUGACCGCAUGCAGAAGGAGAUCACAGCCCUGGCCCCAUCCACCAUGAAGAUCAAGGUGAGCUGAGCUGCUGCAGACUGAGCACAGUGUUGAAGUGAUUCUUUUUAUUGUCACAAAGCUUCAGUGUACUGACAAGUUUCUCUCCUCCUGUGUCCCUGCAGAUCAUUGCCCCACCAGAGCGUAAAUACUCUGUCUGGAUCGGAGGCUCCAUCCUGGCCUCUCUUUCCACCUUCCAGCAGAUGUGGAUCAGCAAGCAGGAGUACGAUGAGUCCGGCCCCUCCAUCGUCCACCGCAAAUGCUUCUAAACAGACUGUUCCUUCUCCCCUUCCCCGACCAAACGCCCAACAACUUCAGCUCUGUGCAAAACAACCACACACCACACAUUUCUCAUACACACUCAGGCGCAGAGCCUAGAUGACCAACUCAUUGGCAUGGCUUCAGUUAUUUUUGGCGCUUGACUCAGGAUUUAAAAAAACUGGAACAAUGAAGGAGACGGUAAUGUUUUUGGCUAGGUUUAAAAAAGAAAAAGCACCCCGGGGUUCUGCAGUUGCAUCUGGGGACUUAAAAAAUGUACAUUUUGUUUUCUUUGAGUCAUUCCAAAUGUUUGUUAACUGCAUUGUUCAGACACAUGAUUCCAAAUGUUAACUGCAUUGUUCAGACACGUAUUUGCCUCUGUGAAGGCUGCCCAGUGGUUGGCGCAUACUUAAACAUGGUUGUAGUAUCGCUUGUAUGUAAAUUAUGUCUGGGGUUUUUUGUACUUUCAGCCUUAAAAAUAUCUUGGUCCUGUUAAUUUUUUUGUUUUUGUUAUGCAAACCCGAUCGUGACCUCUUCUUCCCCCUGAUGGAGGUUUCAUCCCCGGGUGGUGGGGUAAGGGGUCUCGAAGUGAUGGAGUAACAUGGGGUGCCAGACCGGUGGGGCCAACCUGUACACUGACUAAACAAUCCCAAUAAAGUGCACAUGUGUUCCGAACUGACUGCUGACUCUGUCCUUUUGUACUACAUGAUAUGAAUGUG